AUGGAGGAGGUGAUGGAGGAGGUGAUGGAGGAGGUGAUGGUGGAGGUGAUGGAGGAGGUGCUGGAGGAGGUGAUGGAGGAGGUGAAGGAGGAGGUGAUGGUGGAGGUGAUGGAGGAGGUGAAGGAGGAGGUGAUGGAGGAGGUGAUGGUGGAGGUGAUGGAGGAGGUGAUGGUGGAGGUGAUGGAGGAGGUGAUGGAGGAUGUGAUGGAGGAGGUGAUGGAGGAGGUGAUGGAAGAGGUGAUGGAGGAGGUGAUGGAGGAGGUGAUGGGGUGGGGUAGGGUAGAGUAG